GGGGCCCGUUUCAGAAAGCAGGUUUAGUGAAAACUCUGAGUUAGUUAACCCUGAGAUGAGGGAAACUCUGGUUUUUCAGUUUCACAAAGCCAGUUCAGCUUUACUCUGAGUCAGUUACCCUGGCAACAUACUCCGUGAACCUAACCUGCUCGCUGGCAGGUUUUCUUCAACUAACCCCGAGUUUCUCCUGCUCUUAAGUUGAAGCCUGCAGACUGAAGGCAGUGGCAGACAUGGCGUGUCCUUUUAUUGAAGAGCCAGUUGAUGUCGAGGCGCAGAUAUUUGGAUGUUUUAUCAUUCCCUGAUGAGUAGCUACCUGUUUGAGCGUUUCCGUUUCUCUGCAUCAUCAAUAAUUUAUAUAAACAAUAUUCUCAGCCCUCACAUCGCUCACAUGACACAUCGUGGCACGCUCAGUUCCGAGCAAAUUCUUUGUAUUGCACUUCGUUUUUUUGCCAACGGCAGUUUUUUGUAUAACGUCGGUGAUGCAGAGCAUGUGUCCAAGGAAACUGUCUGUCGGGCUGUCCGAAAUGUGACACUUGCACUGAAACGGCUACUAUGCACGUUUGUAGUGUUCCCAAGUCACAGACCCACCAGACUUCUCAAAGAAGAGUUCCACAGAAUUGCAGGGUUUCCAGGUGUGAUUGGCUGCAUAGAUGGCACUCACAUUCCUAUCAUAGCUCCUUCAAUAAAUGAAGGAGAUUAUGUGAAUAGGAAAUCUGUCCACAGCAUUAAUGUACAGAUCAUAUGUGACGCAGCCCACAUGAUAAAUAAUGUGGAAGCGAAGUGGCCUGGGUCUGUGUAUGACUCACGAAUGUUUCGUGAGUCUACACUGAGUGCCAGAUUGGCCCGUGGGGAGUUUGAUGGUUAUCUACUCGGAGACAGAGGGUACCCCUGCCAGCGCUAUCUGCUGACCCCUUACCCUGACCCUGACCCUUGCCCACAGCAACACUACAACUUGGCUCACUGCAGGACACGAGCCAGAGUGGAGAUGACCAUCGGCAUACUCAAGGCCCGGUUCCAGUGCCUUCGUAGGCUCAGGGUCACCCCGGAAAGGGCUUGUGACAUUAUAGUGGCAUGUUUGGUUCUCCACAACAUUGCCACUAUUAGAGGAGAACAAUGUCCUACUCUUUCCCCCAAUGAUCCAGAUAAUAAUCCUGACCCCCCUGCUGAUGCACGAGAUGGAAGAGCUGUUAGAGACAUGAUAUGCUUCAAUCAUUUCUAACUGACUCUGCCUUUUUUCUGUUGGCUAUAAUGGAGGUCAAAAUUUAAGAUAACCAGAAAACACAAAUUUGGAGACUUGUAUGUAUAAAAGGCAUUUAGGUGUUGCUUUCAUAUAGACAAUAUUAAAUACUGGCAGUGUUGGGAUUUUU